GCGUACGCCAAGAUGUUGUCUCGCGUACUAACCGCUUGCGUACUGGUGACAGCCUGCCAGGCCAUCUUCCCGUUCCACCACCAUCACCACCACCACCCAGCGAUCUCCCACCAGGAACUUCAGAAGCACGACGGGCCGCACCACCCCGUGCACAUCCCCAUUCACCACCACAUCCCCAUCCACCACCACGUGCCGCUGCUGCACCACCACGUGCCCCACGUGCCCCACGUGCCGAUCCACCACCACAUUCCGCAUCAUGACCAUUAUGCGUUCCCUGAGUACAAAUUCGAGUACGCCGUGCACGACCACCACACGGGCGACGUGAAAUCUCAGCACGAGCAUCGCCACGGAGACCUGGUGAAGGGUGGCUAUGAGCUGCUGGUUGAGCCUGACGGCAGGCUCAGGAAGGUCGAGUACAAGGCUGACGACCACACCGGUUUCAACGCCAUCGUCCAUCACUCAUCGCCUCAUCAUCACGUUCAUUUCGGCCAUCAUCAUCAUCAUAUCUAAUCUAUGGAAACUAAACAGGACCGAUCAAUGCACUUAUAAGACUGACUCCUGUC